AUGGUUUAUCCUGAUUUAGAAAUUAGAAAAGAAAAAUCUGGGAAGACUUCUUCAGUUCUGAAGGAUAAAGAGCCUAUUAAGGAAAAAGAAGUAAAGGUUCCAGCUUCCCUAAAGGAAAAAGAACCUGAAAUUAAAAAAGAUGAAAAGAUGUCCAAAACAGGCAAAGAAGUUAAGCCCAAGUCUCCACAGCCACAAGUGAAAAAACAAGAGAAGCCAGAGUCACAAGUUAAAAAGGAAGCAAAACCAGCUUCAUCUGAAAAAUCUCAAAUACACAAACAAGACACAGUGAAACCAGCAAAGGCUAUUUCUCAUGGUAAACCAGAUGAAAAAGUUGUCAAGCAUGUAAAAGCUACCACGAUAGAAAAAACAGUCAAACCCAAACCAACAAAAAAAGCUGAACAUCAAGGAAAAGAAAUUCCGUCUAUAAAAACAGACAAACCAAAACCAACUCCAAGUAAGUGUACCCCCCGUGGUGGAUUCACGUCAAUGUAUGGCAAAACCAAUACAAUAUUGUAA